AUGGUUCAUUUAAAGCAACAGGAGUGUGACAGGCUGCAAGAGGUAAUUCUCUGACCAUACAUUAAAGUUAAAAAAAAGUCAAGAGCUCUUAAAUUAUAGAGCUGAUGUUUGUGGAUAAACACUAAAAUGAACUUUGAAGAUCAAAGAAAUUGAUACGUGCAAUAAACGCUUCUCCUGGUUUUGUCCAUUUUGAAAUCAUUCUGUUGAUUAGAAGGAACAAGGCACAAAAAGCAGCUACUGAUUUGGAAGAAGGAGAGACCUAACACCAGGAAGCUUAGCCUGAGAAAACAGCCGACGUUUGGCGACGCUACUACUGGUUUCCCGCCAAAUAAAUGACGUCUGAGAAACGAGCGCAGAAAUUCCAUACUGAUGACGCGUCACUACGCAGAUAUGGGUAGUGCUUCUGAUUCGUUGAAUCAAAUUUCUCACGCGGCACGACCAAUCAGAAGCACUCCCCAGAUCUUGGUAGUGACUCGUCAUCAGUAUGGAAUUUUUGUGCGCGUUCCUCAGACGUCCUAUGGCAGGGAAAACAAUUGUUGCGUCGCCAAAUGUCGACUGUUUUCUGAGGCUGCAGAAAGCUAAAAAAAAAGGCUCCAGAUGAGAAUCAAACUCACCACUCUCUGAGUUCUAGCCGGGGUGCUCUAACCACUUAGCUACUGGAGGCUCUUUGGUGAGCAGGAGCAGGGUUAAAAAUUAAGUAAGAUAGAUAGAUACAUUUUUUAAAUGAGGGUUUCACUUGUCAGUAAAAUCCAACUAGUGGUCUAUUAUCAAUGCUGCGUUCUGAUUGGUUGAGCUACUACCAUAUGUUAUAGCCCUCUAGUAGCGAAAAGCGUCGGCCUUGAAAACCAAAACAAUGGCGGCUGAAUCGCGUUUUGCUAGCUAAAGUUGUUUUGUCGUGAUAUUUUUGACCUAGUAGUUGGAUUUUACUAAAACAAUUAUUUCUCUCGCCUUCAUGGCCUCUGAGUCAAUAGCCCAUUCGGGCUCAAGGAAUAAUUGUUAAAUAUCCACAGAUAUUAUACGCGUGACCCUCAACAAAAAAUUAAACAAAAAUUAAGUACGUUUUAAGUUUCAGCGAAAAUAGGUUAUGUUGACACUAUACCACAUAGCUUUAAAUAAUACAUACCGACACAAGAAGCUAUUCAGUACAGCAAGAUCACCUAACAGAUAUGUGACGCUCCACUUUAGAGAUCGGCGCGAUGCAGCUUUGCUCCGUUACAAAAAUCGCGUUAAAAUCACCGGUGUUAUGUGUGAACAGAAACCCUAUCCGGUAUCAUGUGAACAUAGCCUUAGUUAUAAUUACACCAGCUAGAGAGGACUGUAUCGGGGACUUGCUUGUUUAUUUGUUAGUGUAAAACAGGUACCUUUUUGCUGGGUAGUGCGUCGGGAAAAGUUUGCCGCUUAAAAUAUGCACUUCCUGGGCUGGGUAACGCAGGGGGCCAAACUUUUGAGUGUGAACACUUUUACCUUGAUAUAAACUACCAUGAUAAAUUGGUACUAUCCAGUGAUUUUGUUACAAAUAGUUAUGGCGAGUCCCGGGACUCAUCUUGUAAACAAAUCACGAGUCCCACUCCAGAAUCAUUGAGUCUCAGUUAAAAAAUCAUUAAGUCACUUAAUGGGCCUUUGUUUAACAGAUAAAAGAUAUUCUUUAUAAAGCACAACGAAGACUAAAGAAAUAUGAGUUGUUAAACAACAGCCACAAGAAUCACACGAACGGGAUAUUCUACAAAAACAUCUUCAGAUCGAUUGAUCGAUCUUUUAACCGAGCGCAUGCCAUGAACUUUUGUGCGUUUUGGGGGAUUUUUAUGCGUCAGAGACGCAGGACGCAGAGGUAACAAAAUCAUUGACUGCGAGAGAAAUACAUGUAUAGAUACAUAGUACCAAGUAUUAAAUCUCAUCAUUAAAAAUCGUUUUUAUUAAAAUAUAAAUUGUAAAAUUGUUUGCCCACAGCACAUAAGGCAAUCAGAUGCAAAAUAUGACAAUGUGGUUUCCAGUGCGGAAGCUAUGGAGAGGGAAAAACAGGAAGUUUCCGAGGUAAUGGGACUCAUAUAAAUAUUGUACGCCUUCGCUAAUUUCAUACUGGCUGAAAUUAGAUGUAAAUUACUUGUAAUAUACCUUUCCAAGAAUGUCUGUCAACCCUUUACCAGAGGUUCAAAAUUCUCUUCAACAAACAUGCCCUCCUAAAGUGCUUUGUAUAAUUUCCAAUACUUAUCCAAUAUAUUCAUUAUUCAUCGCUACAUACUGAAACGCACAACCUUACUUGCAAUUAGAGUCAAGACCGGUCAAUACGGAUACUAAGGGAGCCAUAGAAAGUGUCCGUUUUAACGGGGAGUCCUUAUUAAGCUAGCCAAACAAGAGCCGAAAAAAGCGUCUGCUCCCCGCAGGCUAGUAUUAAGCGGGUUGAAUAAAGUCAAAAUGUAAGGGCUUUCUUUCCCCAGGGACAUAACUAACUGUGCGUAGUAAUGAGGUGUCCUUAUCAAGCGUGUGUUCGUAAAGCGAGGUUUCACUGUACACAGAGUGUGUUCACAUGAAGUCACGUCGGCCAUAUUGGUGUACCAAAACAAUGAAACGGUGGCCAUGUUGGUGUUUCAAACCAAUCCUGUGGGAGUUGAACUCUUUUCUUACGCAAACGCUUUCUUUUGUUCCAAUAAAUUUGCAUAGGUGCUGGCCAAGUGAGUGAAAACGCUCUACAUUAUGAUUAACAAAACUUAGUCUAUGAACUUGGAGCAUGCCAUUUUAUGGUUUGUCAACCAACGUAUAUAGCACAAAAUGAUGGUAGAAAAUAACUGAAAUGUAAAAUGAAGAAAUGAAGCAAAGGAAGAAAGGGUGACGUGCUGGUAGUAUGGGAAAGUGAAUGCAGUAUUUUCACAUUGCCCAUAAUACACGUUUUUACCCCCACAUUUUUGCACAAGCCUUGUCUUCGAACGGGACUGUAAUGCCAGGGUGAAAUUGGAAACAGUGAUAAUGGAAAAUUUGGGUAGGGGUGGGGGGAACAAGGUGUAUUAUUGAGCCCCUCUGGCGGCUUAGUCUGUUUUUGUACCAGCCUAAAUUGGCAGUAGCACCCAGAUCGCACAAGUUCAGAGCUGUAAGUAUCACUGAAAUUGCUUUCGUUGUAGCUCAACCAUUUUUUAUCUGACUUGAAGCUAUCCUCUUAGUUGUUAGUGUCUCUGAGGACCCAGGUAUUAGAAAUACAACAGAAGCAUGAGGAAUUCCGAGUUGAGGAGCGUCAACGUCUAAAACUUGAAAGUGACAGGGUGAUGGAGGAGGCAUGUCUGGCCUUUAACAGUGCAGAAUCUGAUAGAGUGAAGAUUCUAAAGUUAAAGCUAAAGAAAGAAAAGGCCAGGAGAAAGAAAGGAGACGAAAGAAAUGAGAAACUUUUAAAGGUAAAAUCCUAACAGGGAAAGAGUCUUCUUUUGGUGUUUGGUAGUUUGCUACACAACCGUUCGUUGUGUCGUCACGCACCACUCCUCCCAACAAAGGAGAGGAGCGUUGCGUGACGACACAAAAAACUGCUGUGUAGCAGACUAGGUUUUUGUUUGGGCAGGGAACAGAAAGGAGGGCUUGGGGACGUUGAUCAGCCUGUUGCACUCUGUUAAAUUAUUCAUUCGUGGGAAUUCAGUGUAGCUUCAUUACUGGACCACAGGAUUACUGUGAAUUUGCGUUCUUUCAAUCUUUAUCCCGAUUACUCCAGCUCAUUCACUUUGUCAAAUCCAAGCGAACUCUUUUUGAGCCGAAUUCCUAAGAACCAUAUUCAAGUUCAGAAAGAGAAAUAAAAUUUAGCCGUCGCUUGUUGACGUCUUCCAUAAAACGUAAAAUUAGGCAUUUUCCCGUCUAAAGGGCCUCUUCAUACGAGCCCGGUUGACCGGGCUGGCUCGGUUACCGGGAUGAAUUUUGCCUUGGGUUCAUAUGAGAAAUUUCAGCCCGGUUUCCGAGAUGAGAAAAGGUCAACGAUUUCUGGCGCCAAAUUUGGGAAACAAAGCAAACAUGGCUAAACACAAAAAUUUUAACUUUCGGGCCUAUCUUACCAUCGGUAACUCUUAAAGCUGUAUCACUGCAGUUAAAUGGGAUGCUUAUGAUGUGGAAAAUACAGCAGGCAAUGCAAGACGAUGCCAUCCGGGCCGCCAGAAUUCAUCCCGCCGUUCAUCCCGGUAACCGGGAUGAAGUAUUCAUAUGGCAAAAUUUCCAGCCCGAGAUCUCGGUUGGAAAAACCAAGAUCUCGGGAACCGAGCCAGCCCGCCCUCUCAUAUGAACACAUUGAAAAUUUUACAAAGGAUUUAGAGGUGAGGUGAGAUCUCGGAAACCGGACCAGCCCGGUCAACCGGGCUCAUAUGAAGAGGCCCUUAGUCGUGCUGUGACGGCAAAGAAAUGUACAAAAAAGCGUGAUGCACGUGCAGAGUUGUUGUUUUGCCUAUUCAACCUAUUGCUUUUUGGACGUUCUCGUUGUUGUCGCCGUCGUGGUAUCUUAAAGUCCCUUUUGUUUUAUUCUUUAAAGAGGCAGAGUUUACAAAAAUGUAAUUGAAAAUGAGCGCUUUUCUUAGGUUCUUGUUCUUAAUAAAAGUUGUCAGUUUUCAAGGAGGUUCUUCAGGUAGAAAGAUGUUAAACUUCUAACUUACUCUCAGCUUUUGCAGAUGCCAUUGAUAAAUUCAGAUAUUGUCAUAAUUAGGCCAAUUAUAGGUCAUUAUGUGAAAGUUAUCAGUUACCUAUGGCCUUCUUACUACAAGCCUAGUAUUAGCAUGAUUCAGCUGGCUCUCUGGAAUCCUAUACAAGGUUUCACGAGAUUUCUCCUGUAUUGUCGGUAGUAGAUGCGGCAGUUGAAAUUUAAAUCACUCACCGUCUUGUCUUAUGCGUGACAUGGUAUUUAGCAGCUUGUCCUCUGUAACAGUUAUUCCAGGGGACAAGCAUAUUUUUGUUUGAUAUUUCCAGGAGAAUGAGCAACUGAAGGCGAUGGUGAGCCUUUUGAAGUCAGAGGAAGAGACGAAUGGCGCUGGAGCUGCUGCGUGUUGUGGCGAUGCUGAUUGGCAGAGCUGUAAUUUUGGAGAGGAAGGAUAUAGUAGCAGCACCAAUGAGGUAUAAGUAUGUUGCAAUACUUUUCUCAGUGAUUCGACAGACUAUUGUUAGUUUUUUAUUAUUAUUUUGGUUCAAUUUAGUAAGGUUUACAUGUAUGUAACUGGUCAAAAUAAAAUUCAGGGGUUAAAAUUUUUUAACCUAGGUUGAUUCUCAACUUCCUUUGUCUUCUAGCCCUUAUUUACGAAUAAUUAUGGCUAGGGGACAAAGAAAAUUGAGAAUCAAUUUAGGUUAAAAAAUUUAACCAGAAUUUAAUUUUGACCUGUAACAUAUAUAUGCCCUCAAUAAGCUCACUGUCUAAUCUGGUGACGGUUUUUCUUGCGUUGUCUUUUCCUUAGUCUUCUGCUGGCGAAGCUGACGAUGUUGAUCACCUUUCUGGGUCUGGCCAGCCCUCAGGUAAACAAAUUAAACGAUAACAACUUACCAGGGUCAAGCUUUUCAAACGUUCCUGUACCAUUAGAAUCGAAAUCUAAAUGUAUAAAAGUUAAAGGUCCGUAUUUUACGUCGGUAACUUGUAAAAGUACUCAAACGGACAAACCUGAUGCCAACUGUGCGCUCACUUCUUGAACGUUUUCUUCUUUAACCAUGAAGUUAAUACAUGUGUAGUGUGUGUAGAUAUUUCGACCGUGUGAGAAUUUUAUGACAACUUCUUGUAUUCAAAAGAGUUGAAGAGACCAUGAAUUCCUCUUUUUCAGAUUCUGGAGAUUCUAGUGACGAGGAGCAGCUGUUUGAAGAUGCACCAGAGUACCUGAGUAGUUGAAGCAUUCUUCUUGCUGACCUUGAAUGUAGCAUUAGGAUGUUGCUAUUCAUGGAAAUUGAUAGAGUCCUUUCGAUUCUAAGACGAGGUCGACUAUGUGGAUGAGAUUUCCCCAAUACUAAGAAGUGCGCGCUUGAACCAGCGUCAUUUUGGUAGGAAAACGCGAUAGCCGUCGUCAUUCUACUUCGGGUUUUAGCGAAAUGUCGUAGUGGCGGAAACAAGGUUCGGUGUCACUUAUGUUAGAGUUUUUGUCAUUUUGCGCUUGGGGUAGGACUUAACCUCCUUCAAUAAAAAUGACCGUGCUAACUUUUCUGGUGAAAACAACAACGACGAAAACAAAAUUAUAAUGAAGCUUUGCGGUUAAAGUUAAAUCUCGUCCUCGAAUCUAAAGGUCUCUAUAUUAACAUCUUGGUGUAUUUCCAAGGCACUGUACAGGUUGCUUACCAUGCAUGUACGAAAACAAUCCGAAAAUUAUAGUUAGUAAUUAUCGUUCGGAAUGAACGCGUUCAGUACAUGUCUCAAGUUGGGACCAUCAUUCACUACGAAUUGGGUUGAAUUACGAUGCGCAACCGAGCUUUAAAGACCAACUUUGAGUUGUCGGGAUAUCGGAUGAAACACUGAGUUGAGCUUUUGUCAUAGUUUUUCAAAUGAACAGUAUCUCUUGAGAAAAUUCAAAGUGUAACUUUGUAAAAAUUACAGAUCCGAUAGCCAGACCACCGUCACGGAGGUGAUUUUCCUUUCAUGAAUUAACAAUGGUGCGAGAAUUGAUGCAAAUGACUUGAAACGGAUUAGAAAUGAAACCCAAAGAUCCCUUGGGAGCGCUUCAGCUAGAAGAAAAAUUUUUUUGGAGGUCCAUAAAUCUAGAAUAUUUUCAUCAGGUGGCAAGAAAGCGCGUGCCACUUACUUUGCAAUUUGGAGAUACGUAACAUCUUUUCUGUUACGCAACCUGACAAUUCACAGCGCCGGUGAAGUUCGAGUGGUUCAGACGAAAUAUUCGGGAUUUUUCUGUCUCGAAUGUGAUAUGAGUUUUGGGAUAUUUUGUAAUUGAAAUUUUAGAAUUAUUUUGGGAAGUGGUAAACAAAGAAUAACCAUAUUUUGGAUUGUGAGUGAUUUUAACUGAAAUGAAUGGUCUUGUGUAUUUAUAAAUCUUGGGAAGAGGUUGCUGAAAUCGGCCUUUGAUAAUAUCUCGCUUAAAAAAGAAUUGGACACUAUUUUUGUGCAAGUCGUUCUUACACGUUUUUUACACCAACGUUUCAAUUGGUGGGUUUUAUCAGGUUUGAAAGCAAAAAUAGAAUUUGUAACUAAUAUAAUACAACUUAUAGGCUCUAGAAUAUAUGUUAUUCAUGUCAUUACGGGAAAAAAGUGAUUAUUUAUUAUUUGUGCAAACCAUGUUUAAAUUAAAGAAAAGCGGUAUUUAGUGUAGUCAGGAGCCCAUUUGAUGGGCUCCUGGUGUAGUAUUUAGGGUACCAGGUGCCUUUUGAAAGAAUUUAUCGUUUGAAAUUCAACUCCAAGUAUUAGUGUUUAGCAGGGGAGUUAGGGUACCAAGUACCUUUUGAAAAUAAGUUCUUGUUUGAAAUUCAACUCGUAGUAUUAUUGUUCUGUACAAUAGUUAGGGUAGUUAGUGUUUUGAGAACAGUUUGUCGUUUGAAAUUCAAUUCAUAGUAGAUUUAGCGAAUUGUUCAGUAUUAAAAUCGAGGUUUGUCGACAUGUAAGACAGUGUUGGGAACCUCUUGUAACCUCUGUUAUAAAUGAGAGAGGAACACAGAGCGGCCUUUGGUUGCUUUGGUCCGUUGUUUUGGGAAACUUCAGAACUUUCUGUAUUCUGUAUAAUAACCUCGAGUUGGGGGAUAAUAGUUUGUCACUCACGGAUUUAUUUGUGGACGAAAUCUUGUGGUAUUUCCAUUUAAAUGAAGCAACUUUGAUAAAACGUUUGCUUAGUGCUUAGUGCUAUUUGUUUCUUUCCAUUUUAACUUUUGAAUGCUUUAUCCUGUUUUUUUUUUUCCGACUCAGUUUCACUGUUUCGUUUUUACCUUAACUUCUUUCAGUCAGAAAGGUUUUUUAACUUCCUUAUAUUCAUUUUCUUAAAUCGUAUUUUAAUUACAUUUUUUUUCUACCUUUUUUUGUAUAGAGGCCUUAUUUACGUGGUUAAUCUGUAGGCUUUUGUGAGGGAAAUUCAUUUGCGAACUCCCUUACUUGAUAAAUUUGUAGUUGUCUUUGCUAGACAUUAAAGUAAAGCUACCGUUCCGUAAAAUAAAUGUUUAAAACAUAAGAUUACGUACGUGAUAUUACACAGUUUUUAAUAGUGGUCGAGAAUAAAAUGUGUUGUUUAACCUUCAGUCGGUGUUUUGCUCUUCCCUUCUGAUGAACCCUUACAAAACGAUGCAGCUUCUUUGAAGGCAUCCCUUUAUUGAAAUCAUCUUCUUUGGGACUAAUUGAUACGUAGUUUUCAGCAUAAUUCAGUAGUAGUGGAGACAGCUUGGAAAAGGUGGCAAACAUCAAAAAAGAAAACGUGGGUGCUGCAGUUUAUGUUGGAAUUUUCCGGACGGUGCACGAUCCUUUGAUUUUUGCUCUCAAAUUGUGACCGAAUUAAAAAUUAAUGCUACGUUUUUAUUGGUCAGUAAGAUCAAAAUAAUAGGAAUGCUAUUGGACGUAGUGCUUUGGCAAGUUCACAAAAACAUAUAACAUAGGAAUCUUACGGCUUCAUAACCAUUCCAAACCAUUAACUAUCCUUUUAGUAGGCUAUAUUUGCGUAAGCCGGUUGUUUUGCGACAGUGAAGAGAUAAAAUGCGAACCCAAAAAUAUUCGGGUGCUACUUACAGUCUUGACAUAUUUCCUAACGUUCAAUUUUAUGGCAAAUAAGUACCCUUAAUUGGCAUUAAACAAAAUGAACUAGACGUCAGUGACACAUCCUCUUUCAACUAAUCACAGUAACUAGAACACAUUAGCUAUGGAAAUUAACUUUCCUCUGUCCCCUUGCAAUGAAUUACAAUUUAAAAGCAUCUUUUCAAAAUCAGAUGGGGACGCAACGAUUGUUGUAUUUUUACGACACCAAAAGCCAGUUACUCUUCAAAGCGUUUUGAAACAGUCAUUUUUUUUAAGAGGUGCAAGAUUCCAUAAAGUAAAUUUUAAAACUUGAAAAUGAAAAUCAAUGCCCAUAGUCGUCUAGCAGCUUAAAAUAGCCGUUUAUCUUUUAUUUAACUCCUUUUCUUGCGUGAACACAGCAACAUUUAUUUAUUUUCCCUUCUUAGAUUGGUUUUAAUUAAUCUUCCUUGAAGGAAACGUCAUCUUAGUUAAAUGCUGUUUCAAUAAAUGUAUUUUAAAACUGAUUAAAAGAUUGAAGUCUUACAUUAUUUAUUAAUAAGCCGCAUUUGCUUUAUGAUUUAGUUGAGUUCUAUCUCUGUAAACGCAGCUGUUAAAAGAUACUUAUGCCAACAAACGGAAGGUGAAAGCCCGGGGGUGGUACUUUAGGAAUUUCUGGGUGGGGAUGUGCCGCUGGGACCCUGGAACCCUUAACCUAUAACAGAGCUAGUUCAGCUGAAUUUUGCUACCCUAUACUAGAGUAAACUCCCCAAAUCCCCUAUCUUAGAGUAGCUAAUUCCCUUGUCUAGAUAAAAUCUUCAACCAACUGAUCAUUUUCCUGAAAAAUGAUACCCUAUUCUAGACCCAAACACUCUGAUUUAUAUACCCUAUCCUAGAGUAAACUGCCUGAAAACCAUACCCUUCACAGCGGCACAUACCUAUAUAGCCUAUAUAUGGCAGUGCCCCCCCCCGGGGGUGAAAGCUAUUUGUUUACACUACAGUCACUUAAUGUACGUGGGUUCGACUUCCGAGCUAUCGCCGAACGAAAUCCAAGGACGAAAACGCAUGUAUGAAUGUUCAAUGUUUGACGUCCACAUGUCGCAUACUAGGUACGUAAACUCUUCUUGUUAUUUCCUUCGAGCUCGAUUUUUCUCAGCGCGUUCUCUACCCUUUUUGUGAGUAGAGACAUGUUUUUGAAAACAUACAAAUUAUGUCUCUAACCCUUUUCUUGGUAAAGAUGUACAUUUAUAAAGAUGAUACUAGGCGCUUCCCUAUUUUCGCGUUUAGUUUGGAUAAUUAAGUUCCAGGGUUGUUUAAAGGUGCCCGUUUUCAGUAGAGAAACAAGUACAAAUCAGGUUCUGCACUGAAAAUUACGCAGUAGAUAUAUAACAAUUAUUCAUGAUUUACUUGCUGUAAUUUGAAGAUAUUCUCGCUUUUCUCUAACUCGACUUUUAUGCAUAAGACACCCGAAUGAUGAAGUUAUUUGCAAAAUUUAGGCUUACAUUUUGUUACAAAGCUAAGCAUCGGUCGAGACAUGCUAAUAAUGAAAAAUGUCGUUUUCGCUACAGGCAAUAAAAACUGUUGAUUUUACUAAACGCUCCUAUAACUUCUUUUUAUUUCAGCAAACUUUUUUUACUCUCUUUUUUUUCAGGAAGAUUUUUCCUUCACUAAAAAGGCACUUUAUCAAAGUAGAUGCUUAUCUAAAGUGUAUGGGCCAUUAUUUAUAAACGAGGCGUAAGGAGGCUGGGUUCCGCCUCCCAUCCGCAUUUUUAAUAAAACUGAAUUUAUCGCUGGAAGUGUGAAUAAACAACGAUGGACAAAGGAAAUUACUCUUUGUCUACAAAGGACAACGAUAAUCAAUACGGCGCUGGAUUUUUAUCAAUAUCGCCUCUAUUUUUCACAAUUAUUUUGUUAGGGAACGGUCUACUCAUUCUGGCGAUAAAAUCGUUUCGGAUUCGUCGUGUCCCCGAUUUAUUAGUGGGCUCAUUGGCAGUCGAUUAUUGUGUUUCAAAUAUAAUAGACUCGGAUGGUUUCAGAGAUUUACAAAUGCACACACUUUAUCAUGUUUGUAACUGAAUGUCUGCGUGUCUGCGUUUGUCUGCUUCUUUCAUCAGCACGUUAAUGCCUCUGCGUCUGCGGAACACUGCGGCCGUUGUUUAUCGUACCAAAGUCACGUGUGUCAGUGUCGUCAAAAUCAUUGGCUGCGGCAUAUUGUCAGCGGCUUUUGUCGCCGCUUGGCCGGCUAUAGGCUGGGGACGAGUUAAGGCUUAUAGGGGCCUGUGCUCGUUUGACUUGGAAGAGCUUUCGCUCUCUUUAUUGCCAUAUUAGGUUACAUCCAGGUUUCUGUGGUGCUGACCAGCUUUAUUGCUGUCUCAUUAAAAAUGAGAAGAUACCAGGGAAGACUGGAUCGAUUGAGACGCGGAAGGACGCUAACCUUUCAGGACGGUAAACUGCAGAGUAUGGAAACAUUGACACAAGGCAGGAGAGUCGAAUUAAGGAGAUAG